AUGGAAGCAUGGCGCUGUAUGAGGAGGGGCUACGGCCGCUGUGUGGUUGGCAGAGGCCGAUACCCCAUGUUAUCCCAUCACCAGAGGAGUCUGGGCAGAGACUGGACUACACCGUGGGAGAAUCUGCAAAGGUGUUGCUGGAACAGACAUAUUUCUAGUUGUAUGAGGUGGCCUGGACAUUAUUCUCGUGCUCCUUACCCCUACUUCAGUAGUAGGCAUUUCUCGUUAAAUUGGAGACCACCUUGUUUGUUUGAGUCUAGAACUCAGUUUCAGUACUGGAAUUGGAGACCUGACAACCUGAGCCAGACAUCUUUGAUUCAUCUCUCUAGUUCCAUCAUGAACUCUGAGGGAGAUGAGCCUUCAUCAAAACGAAGAAAACACCAAGGCACCAUAAAACGGCAUUGGGAAUAUAUAUGUAGCCAUAAUAAAGAAAAUACGAAGAUUCUAGGAGACGAAAAUGUUGACCCCAUAUGUGAAGACAAUGAGAACAAGUUUGACUUUUCAGUGAUGUCCUAUAAUAUACUUUCACAAAAUUUAUUGGAAGAUAAUUCACACCUCUAUAGACACUGCCGGCGACCAUUAUUACACUGGAGUUUUAGGUUUCCCAAUAUUCUGAAAGAAAUUAAACACUAUGAUGCAGAUGUACUUUGUUUGCAAGAAGUUCAAGAAGAUCAUUAUGGAACAGAGAUCAGGCCAAGUUUGGAAUCCUUGGGUUAUCACUGUGAGUACAAGAAUCGUACAGGAAGGAAACCAGAUGGCUGUGCCAUUUGCUUCAAACAUUCCAAAUUUUCACUUUUAUCAGUGAACCCAGUGGAAUUCUACCGCCCUGAUGUUCCUCUGUUGGACAGAGACAAUGUUGGAUUAGUGUUACUCUUGCAGCCCAAAAUUCCAAGUGGUGACUCUCCUGCAAUCUGUGUAGCUAACACACAUCUGUUGUAUAACCCAAGGCGAGGUGAUAUUAAGCUGACCCAAUUGGCAAUGCUUCUGGCAGAGAUUUCCAGUGUUGCCCAUCAGAAAGAUGGCAGCUUCCACCCUAUUAUUAUUUGUGGUGACUUUAAUUCUGUUCCUGGUUCUCCACUCUAUAGUUUCAUAAAGGACGGAAAACUGAAUUAUGAAGGACUUGCCAUAGGAAAGGUAUCUGGCCAGGAACAGUCUUCACGGGGACAAAGAAUUUUAUCUAUUCCAAUUUGGCCCCCAAACCUAGGUAUCUCACAGAACUGUGUAUAUGAGGUACAGCAGGUACCAAAAGUAGAAAAGACAGACAGUGAUCCGACACAAAUACAGCUGGAUAAAACAGAAGUCCUAGAGACAGCUGAAAAGUUAUCUUCACAUUUACAGCACCAUUUCAGCUUAUCAUCUGUUUAUUCGCAUUAUUUUCCUGACACUGGGAUUCCAGAAGUAACCACCUGUCAUUCCCGAAAUGCCAUAACUGUGGAUUAUAUUUUCUAUUCUGGGGAAAAGAAAGAUGUUACUGGGGAGCCAGGAACUGAAGUUGCUUUGGUUGGAGGCUUGAAACUUCUAGCUAGACUUUCACUUCUUACAGAAGAAGACUUGUGGACUGUUAAUGGACUUCCAAAUGAAAACAACUCUUCAGAUCAUCUGCCUUUACUGGCCAAAUUCAGACUUGAACUCUGA